CAAUUUCAAAUUCCAAAAACCACAGAAAGAAAAAGACGGAGAGAGGCCGUUGCAUUUUCCGGCGAGACGACGCUUCUUCGGACGGAUUCACCGAUCAUCGGUUGUUUCAUUCUCUGCGUCCUCUGGCUUUGUGAUUUCAGAACUUGUUUCACUAAAUCGUUGCUAAAAUGGCUCAUUCAAGGAACAAUUAUGAUAAUAAUGGUGCUGGAUUAGAAGAUACUGUGUAUCGUUACUUGUGUCUUGUGAGAAGAGCAGGGAGUUCUUGGGAGAGGUGGUGAGAUUGCAAAAUAGAUUAGGUCUGAGACUAAAGCAAACAUGAGGGUAAACGAGGCAUUGCCUGGUUGUGAUGAGCGUGUUGUGACUAUAUAUUCUAAUAGCGAGGAGAGAAAUCGUAUUGAAGAUGACAAUGAGGAUUUUGUCUGUCCUGCUUUUGAUGCUCUUUUCAAGGUUCAUGAUAUGGUUGUUGUUGAAGAAUUUGACGAUGAUGAUGAUUAUAAUGACAAUGAUGAGUAUAGUGAGGGACAAACAGUUGUUACUGUGAGGAUGCUUGUGCCUUCUGAUCAAAUUGGUUAUCUUAUUGGCAAAGGUGGACCAAUUAUUCAAACGCUGCGUAAUGACACUAAUGCUCAGAUUCGUGUUAGAAAUGAUAAUCUACCCAUGUGUGCUUUGGCAUUGAGUCAUGAUGAGCUUCUUCAGAUAAUUGGAGAUCCUUCUGCUGUUAGAGAAGCUCUUUACCAAGUUGCCUUUCUGCUUUAUAAUAAUCCGUCACGAUUUUAGAACUACUUUCUGUCUUCCUCUAGUAGUACACUGCAACAUCAACCUGGUAGAAUUCUGAUGAAUCCUGCAGUAACGACCUCUCAUAAAAAUUGCUCGUGAGAAUGAGGAGAUGGUCCAAAUAACAGGAAGUCUUGAUGCAGCAAUCAAAGCUCUUACACAAGUGAUGCUGCGUUUAAGAGCCAAUGUAUUUGACAUGGAUCGUGGUCUUGUCUUGCUUCCAACUUUAUUUCCUUAUAUUUCUCAAACAAUAUAGACUUCGAGCAAGUCUAGGCACAGAAAAGGCGAGAACCAUCCUCAUGGUUCAGAGGAAUUUGCUAGGAAUGAAGACUAUGGUCAAAUGAACGUAAAUUCCCCAAUAAGAAACCGAGUUUAUUGAUCACCAAACCAUGUCAAAAGGUUAUCUUUCUAUGUUCUAAACACUUAGAUUCUGGAAUAUACUUUUUAUAAAAUACUUGGGCGUUUUUUUGGAAUCCAAGAAAAAAGAGGAUUCGAGUAGUUUUGCGCCUCAAGAAUCUACAAAUGCAGGAAGUUCUUAAAAGAAUGAUAUAUAUAUUUUUUUGUUUUUGUCAUCUUCAUGAAAGAAUACAAUGUUUCUUUCAUUUUUCGUAUUCGUAUUUAACUAUAUUUGAGUAAUCUUGUUCAUCAUUAGUGGUUCCAAAGCACUGUUAUGAACUCGGACGCGUCUUUGCUACUAA